GAACACUUUUGUGUAUAUUUCUAAACGUAUUUGAACAUUUAAACAUAUAUUUAUGUACUCCAUUAGAUGGUGACUUGUUUGACGAGGCGAUGGACGGAGGUAAUUUCAGCCUGAACAGUCGAGGUGAGGGUGAGGGCAGCCCGGAGCUGUUUGACCUGUCUCGUAUAGGGGACAGUCUGGGGGUCCCCAGCCCUCGGACAUGCCGGACCCCUGAGUCCUUCCUGGGGCCCACAGGGGCCUCCCUGGUCAAUCUGGACAGCCUGAUACCAGCCAACCCCCCAGCCAAGACCAAGAACCCGUUUCUCUCAGGUCUGAGUACUCCAUCUCCCUCAACCCGUUCCAGAGUGAACAGCCUCGUCUCACUCUGAAUCAGAUGCGUCCCAGCUCCACGUCCCCCGUCCCCCCCUCCGGUCCUCCCUCCCUGCCCUACAGUGCUUCUCUGCCCCUGCCCGCCAGCCACCAGCCGGCCAGCCUGCCCUCCUCCCUCACCCAGCCCACCCAUGGAGCCCUGGACAUACCUGGGCUGCCACAGCCCCUGUUACCUCUUUCCUCCAUCUCGUCUCUGGGAGAGGAGCACAGUCAGAAUCCCUUCCUGUGAUGUCUGUCCAUCUGAACUGAAACCGCUACGAUGGAAGACCUGCUGGUGACCUGCUGGGUGUCCACGAGCGGUGACGAUUCAACAUGUGGAAUCGGCAAAAAAUUUCAAGAAAAUGACGGUCGAUGUUUUGUAGUCAGAUGUGACAGGACGCCCACCCAGCUGUCGCACGGCCGGCAAUUCAUGUUGGUCUGUCUGUCCUCUAUCUCUGGUGGAUGGAACAGAGGAAAUAGAAAUGACUCUUAUUAGGUUAUUUUCUGUCAAUCAAACCUCAAGACUCAACAACUGGAAUUCAGACAGAACUGAUAAUCCCCUUAAGUUGUUAUUUUGCUGUUGUUUUUCUCUGGGCUUUAGUACUGUAACCCUUAGAUUGCUUCCUCUGCUACGAUCUGCUCUACCACAACCUGUCCUGUUACUCCUCUCUGCUGAAGAGAGUGAUGGAGAGGCCUCUGCUCUGGUCUGCUCUACCACAACCUGUCCUGUUACUCCUCUCUGCUGAAGAGAGUGAUGGAGAGGCCUCUGCUCGGGUCUGCUCUACCACAACCUGUCCUGUUACUCCUCUCUGCUGAAGAGAGUGAUGGAGGCUACUGCCUCUGCUCGGGUCUGCUCUACCACAACCUGUCCUGUUACUCCUCUCUGCUGAAGGGAGUGAUGGAGGCUACUGCCUCUGCUCGGGUCUGCUCUACCACAACCUGUCCUGUUACUCCUCUCUGCUGAAGUGAU